AUUAACACUCAUAAAAAGUUAGAAAAUCUAUAUCUAAUUAUUCUUACGCUUUAAAUGACUUAAUAGGCUCUGGAUAUUCUUCGAAAGUGUAUAAAGGGAUUAAUACAAUCACAAAUUAAGUUGUUGCCAUUAAAGUCAUAAAUAUACAAUAAUUAAUCACUCCAAUUUCUAAAAGCUUACUUAAAAAUGAAAUAAACAUACUAAAAUUAAUUAAUCAUCCAAACCUGAUGAAAGU